GCAGAGCAUGGUGGCUGAGCUGCACGGCAGGACAGAGCGUUGCUGCUGGGCUUUGGACGGGACGGUCCUGCUGUUCCACACCUGACUCCUCAAAGAUGUUUGACAACUCUCACUACCCCUUCAACUGCUUCAACUACGACGGGGACGGGUACCCGUCCUCUGGUACCGAUGAGGAGAAGAGGAUAUGCAGACCCGCUUACAGCUACAUCGCUCUGAUAGCCAUGGCGAUCCAGCAGAACCCGGAGCAGCGGGUCACUCUCUCUGGCAUUUAUGAGUUCAUCAUGAACAGGUUCCCUUAUUACCGGUCCAAUCAGAGAGCCUGGCAGAACUCCAUCAGACAUAACCUGUCCCUCAACAGCUGCUUCAUCAAGGUUCCUCGGACCGAAGGUAACGAGAAAGGAAAAGGGAACUACUGGACUUUUGCAGCCGGGUGUGAAUCCAUGCUCGACCUGUUUGAAAAUGGCAACUUUCGACGUCGCAGGCGCCGCAGGAACAUGAAAACUGGCCUCCGGGAUUCAGGAGAGGCUUCCUUUCACCCAGUGGAGAGCCUCGGCAACCAGCGAGGACCGUCGUCUGGGCGCCCUGAGCUCGACUCCGCCCUCUGCCAUCUGAACCCUGAAAGGCCCAGGUCCAGUCUCCAACAAAACCACCUGAUCCCGACCUCUAACCAGCAGGGAAAACCAGAGUCAGAGAUCAAGUUUAGCAUCGACUACAUCCUGUCAACUCCAGAUCCACCACUGCCUGGAUUCAGAUCCUCUAUAGUCCCAACCGGGCCCCCUGCUCAUGUUCUGGAGCCACAACAGCUGAACCUGCACUUCUGGACUCUUUGAGAAGGCAGAUAAUGAAAGACAUAUUUCUUCAUGGUGACAAGAACUUCGACUCAAGACAUUUUCCAAAGCUUGAACAUGUGUAAUAGGAAACAAGAGGUUCUACAGGAUGUUCUACUGGAUCUGAGAUGGAAAAGGUUUCUUCAAGGAGAGGUCACCCAGAAGAUCAACUUUUACCAGAAGAUACAAACUCACUAAAGAGUCUCUGUGUUGUUCUAUCUUUGGUGCCGUAGUUUGUGCUGCCAGUCAGUAUUUCUAGUAUCCUGCAUUUGCUUUUCCACAGAACCUGUAGGUCCAACUGUGAUGUGAACGUUUGAUGUGUCAGAAGAACCUUAAAAGCACAGAAGAUGUUUGUUAAAGUUAUUUCAGAAGAAAAAAACUCAUGAAAAGUGCUGAAUAUACGUUCAUGAAUUAUAUUUUAUUAUAAGUUAACCUGCUGCACAAAGACAGCUCAAUUCUGUGUUUUAAACCAACGAUUUAAAACACAGAAUUAAAGCAGAAAAAAUGUUUCCCAAAUAUUUAAUGAACGCAACAUUUUUUCAACACACACACACGUACGCACACACACACACACACACACACACACACACACACACACCUUCGUACGUAGGAGGCAGAACAUCAUCCAGGUUUAUCCUCCGUUAAAUGUCAGAUGGAAACAGACAUCCUUAUAUAAAAUUAAUGUUCGACUUUUAAAGUCAAAUUUAAAGUGGAAACAGUAAAACUUAGUAAAAGAUAAUUAAAGAAGUUAAAUCACUAAUGAAACAGCAAUUAGUAAUACAUGGCUGCAGGAUUUAGCAUGCUGAUACCAUGCGUACCUUAAAGCUAAACUUUUAAACCAGUAGUUACCACUGAAUGUUCUGGUUCUGCCCAAGUUGUCUGGGUUUGGAGCUUGUCUGUCUUGUGUGUAUCUGUCUGAUCUGACUGCUCAAUGAGUCAAACUGUAGUAAAACUGAAAUCAUGAAAGAAACUGUUUUAAUUAUUUAAACUGAACUCAAUAUGAGAGGAAAAAUUUGAAUUAAAAAUGAAAUUAAUUAGCAUAUGUAGCACCGGCUGCAUGAGACACAAUGGUGUCUGGAGGGUUUAUAUCUCCCAUGAUGCUUUGUUGUUAGGAAGCUGAGGUUCAGCUGGGGGAUCCAGAACCUCCUUUCACACUGAAAGAUGUUUCCUGCAGAAACUGGCUGGUGUUAUUAGUAGCAUCUUUCUAUCACAGCAGACCGCAGUGAAACGGGCCGGUUCUGAUGGAAUUCAGUUGGUUUUGUUUCAGCCCGCAUUAGCUAAUUUUUCAUUGACCUUUGGAGAGCCUGAUUGACUGACACUUAGAUUGUAAUGCAGUCCCUUCUUAUUACAGCGUGUUGCAUUAAAUGUGGUAAAAGAGGCCUGUGGAAACAUUUGUUUCCUUUACAGGGGAGAUCAAUCAUUGCAUGUUGGCUCGCUGUUGAAGGGACAUUUUUCAGUUUAACCUUUAUUUUAUGUCUUGACUACAUGAGAGGAGGGCUUCGACACACUUAACAUGAGUGGCAUUUAAUAUAGCAUAACACUUGCAAGGUGAGGCCCAGAAGUGACCCUAUUUAAAUACCAGGGCCUGUUCCCCGAGCUUCAACAGCAGCACCUCCCCCGACGACAAUGCACACCCACAAAGCCCUGAUUCAGGUAUAAUUAAACACACCUCAUGCCUCCUUUGCAAAUGCCCCUCAUCGAUCUGCGGGUUUUUAACAUUCACGUGUGAACUGCCCCCCAGCAGCUGUCUGCGUGGCACAAAGCGUUCAUGGAUCAGCAAGUUUCCAUUAACAAAGUUGUUGAUGUUGAGGAGCGGAGGCUCGCUGUAGCCGCGAUGCCGUGGAUAUAUUUGGGUAAAUUAACUUAGCAUAAAGUGCUUCGAGGCUACAGGAGUCUUUGGAGCCGGUUAAACUAAAUGUGGUGCAGCAGUCAGACCACAAAAGUCAAUGCACAUAUUACAAUGUGAGUGAAUAUGUGAGCGUUUAGCUACUGGCAGUGAGUCCGAAUGGAUCGCUUCUAUUAAAUACCUAUUGGAAAUCCA